AUCUAGUCUCGAAGUCUAGUCCAGUCAAGUUUAGGGUCUUACCAUGCACUCUGCUGCAGCGAAACGCAAAGACCGUGGAAGUAGCAUGAACAACCCCACUCUCCCUCUCGAAUUGGUCGCAGAAAUUCUUCUGCGCACACCGGUCAGAUCCGUUCUGCGUUUCCGAUCUGUCUGUAAGUCAUGGCUUUCCCUCAUUUCCGAUCCCCAUUUCCGCGUUUCCCAUUACGACCUAGCCGCCGCACCCACCCACCGUCUCCUCCUCCGCGCAGACGAUUUCUACGCCCAAUCCCUUCCCAUCGAAUCGCCGCUCGAAACAUAUCACCACCACGCCGCGUAUUUCCCUCUCCCCCUUCCGUCGCCACCGUCCAAAUCCGCUCCCAACGUUCAGGACGAUUUCCACAACCAACCCGAGAUUCUGGGUUCGUGCAGAGGCCUCGUACUCUUAUACUAUCCCUGCAGGGAAGACCUAAUUGUAUGGAACCCAUCCACCGGUGUCUACAAACGAUUUCCCAAUUCGAACAUUGAAUAUGGCUUGCCCUACCAUCCUUAUCCCUAUGGCUUUGGCUACGACCCUUCAAAAGAUGAUUACUUGCUCGUUCUCGCUGAGUUUCCCGAGUGUGGUCCUGUUGAGACCAGAAUCUGCAUUUUCUCCUUCAAAACCGAGUCUUGGAAAACCCAGACUAUUUCUAAUGUUUCGUAUGAGGAUCUUGAUGAUAGGUUCAACCAUGGGGAUAAGUUCAAGGCUGGACUGCUCUUCAAUGGGGCUCUCCAUUGGUUGGUUUUCUCCAGGGAUAGAAUGGUUCCCAUGAUUAUUGCCUUUGAUUUGGUGCAAAGGAGUUUGUCCGAGAUUCCUUUGAUAGAUCAUAUGACUUCGGAAGAUUUAGAAUAUGAGACCUACAGUUUAUGGGUAAUGAGAGGAUGUCUCAGCUUGUGCUGCUCGGUCCGAGGCUAUCAAUUGGCUGAGGUGUGGGUCAUGAAAGAGUAUAAAGUGAAGUCAUCUUGGACUAUGCUUUGUGUUAAUCCACCUUAUGACUUCUUUCCAAUAUGCAGCACUAAAGAUGGUGGGUUUUUUGGAUCAAGUAGUGCUGAAGGUGAAAGAUUGGAGAAACUUGACCACAAAGGGGACAUUGUUGAUUAUCACGACUAUGGUGGAGGUGGAGGGUCGUACUGUGAUAAUCUGCAGUCUGCUGUGUAUAGAGAGAGUCUACUUUCACUCCCCAGUGUCGUUCGGGAAACGAGGGAAAUUGAUAAUGUGGAAACUAGUGAAGAUGACCAUGAGGAGACAAGUGAAGAUGAUUAUGGGGAAACAAGUGAGGAUGACCAACAGUAGCAGACAAGAAAAAUCAGGCCCACCAAAUAUCCAAGAAUAUGUGAAGCUACCCUGAUGUCACUUUCCUACAGAUGGUGACACUGUUAGCAGAAAGCAUAGUACUCAGAGGAGGAUGGCAUAUAUAUGAUAUUAACUUAUCUGGUGUUAGUGCAGAACUAGUAUCAAUUUUAAUGAUGAUUUCAGUAAAGUAGGAUUAUCAACAUACUGUAAUUUAACGAUGUUGCAGACUAGGAGUUGGCAAACAUGCUAUUUAGUUCCUUUAUCUUUUUCCCUCCAGUUUGUUGUCUCUCUUGCACUCUUUUACCAAAUUUUCAGAUUCAUACCAUGCUAGAUUAUCCCAGUAUUUAUGUGUUUUCUUUUUUUGGCAAAAAGCUACUGUUUUAUAUAAGUUAAUGUGAUGUGCUCAAUUUUGGUAGUGGCAGUGAUGUCGUUGAUCUUAAACGCGUGGAAGCUAAUAGAAGGGGUAAGAUUAAAGUGUCGUAAUUAAUAAAGUUGUGAUUAAAGGGUUGUAAUUAAUUAAGUUCUGAUAUGAUCGAUCUUGCAUGCAGUUGGUUUAACUUGUUCACAUCCUUAUCUAGUGUUGAUAUGAUUUUGGUCAUACCUUAAUGAUAUCCCUAAAGAUACUUUGAUUGCCUGUAAAAUAUAGCUUAUGUAGAAAUUGCUAGUAUUUCCAUUCA